UAGGAAUCAUGAGGAUCACUAACAUUCGUUAUGGACGGAUUGUGUUCAUGGCUGUUGCAACCAUUUUGAUUUUGUUUAUGUUUCUGUUAGCACAAUUUAGUUUACGUGCUUCAGGUGGGAAAGGUAUAUUGGACCGAGCCAGGCAACAUUUUAACCACUGGUUCCAGAAAACUGUGUUCAAACACAACUGGGAGGAUAUCCACUGCCGCAGGAAACAUGGUAAUGAAACAAUUGUGGAAGAAAGCUGGAUUCCUGAAUUGGCAAAACAAUUAAAUUUAGAUGCCGAAGACACCUCUGUGUUUGAUAGUAACACUGGAUGCAAUGAGUGGCUAAAACUCAUUAGGAAACAGUAUCCAAAGAUGAAAAUUGGAGGUGCCCAUGCCAAUCAGUAUGCUGUGGAAUAUGCUAAGAGGUUAUUUAAUGAUACGCCAGAAACAUUUGGAACUAUCGGCCCUGAUGGAAGACUAAACUUCUUGAAGGAUGGAUUGCAGUUUGCACAUGCUAUUAACUAUGGAGGGCUUAAAGAUCUGGGGAAUAAAGAGAUGCAGUGCAAUCUGGUUAGAGAACUCUUACGAAUCUUGAAACCUGGUGGUUCGUUGUACCUUGGUCACAACAUAGAGGAAAAUGAGUGUCGUGUACUGAAUAAAUAUGCAAGUGUAGCUCUUCCAGGUUGUUAUUGGUCAGAGACUUGUCUGAAGAAUCGUACUGAUAUCGCAGAAAUCUAUUACAUCAGAGAAAAAGACCUUUUUGGAGACCAUUCACAAAUUGAUGACUGUUACACGGCAGUGUUCAUUCACAAGAAAGUGAUAAUUUCAAAGGGGACUGAUGGGCAUGAAAAUCCUCCACCUAAAUAUGAACCACACAAGAGAAUGUAUUAUUGCACCUCGGAGCAGCCAGUUUCUGGAAAAAUAGCAGACAAAUUUCAAGAACUAACCAAGCAUGUGUUAAAAUCAGAUGGUGUGUUCCCAGGAAACUUAUAUCAGGGGUAUAAAAUGGCUAAAACCUUGCACAGUUUAAGGAGAAAUGUAUCAGAGUCUCACACCUCUAAGUAAUAUACAGUCUCUCAGGGAUCCAUAUUCAUUUUUUCUCACAGUCAUCAGCCAGGCAAGUAAACCUGAUGGCAUACUUGCCUGGUUACAAUUUGGGUUGCCCAGACAAAAGUGCAGAAUUAAUAAUAUAAAAGAAUGGUGACAAAAUCGUGUGCAACUUGAACAUUUCUGAUUAGCAUGUUAUUUUCAUUGUAGUUACUAAGAAAGGGUUUUAACUAAACUGUUAAGUACAACAGGCCACAGGCCAAGGCUAAACAUAAUUUAUUUACAUUUUACAAGUAGUCAUGGUUGGUCAGUUUGCCAUGAAGGCAAGAUGGUGUGUUUACAUUUUCCCCCAUAAAAGGCAGAGGCUCCUGCAUUGAUCACCUUUUUUUUUUGUCAAAGGUAGCGAAACGUCUUAUGCAUAUAAGGCACCAGCUUUUGCUUCACCUUUUUUAUAAACCAAAGGCAACGAAAUGCCUUCUAAAAAACGCAACAUCUUAAAAAGUGCUGGGCAUCACAUUUUCUACAAAUGGCCUCUAUAUGCACUACUUUACAAAAAACUGAGCCUGUGAUCGUUUCAUAGAAAAUACUGCACCAUCAAAGAUGGUGCCCAAACUUACGAUUUCAUUGCAGACAAAAGGUGCUUGUUAUCCUCCAUUAUUCUAAUGGAGUGGACGAGACAGUUAUCAGAACACUGGGAAAAUGUAUAAAAUCAUAUAUAAGAAUUUUUGAAACGAUUUUGUGGUUGAACAAAACCUCCCUCGUCUGAAGGGUGACUUUUGAAGUUUUCUUAAUCAUCCAUAUGAGAUUGUAGUCAUCUGGGACGACUGGGAAUAUGGAUCCCUGGUCUCUUAGUAUUAUUAUUGUAUUUAACUGUACCUGGAGGGAGGGAGUUGGGUUUGGGGAGGGAAAGCAAUUUGAAGCUGGAAAUUGC